GGAGGAGUGGGGGGCGGGUGGCGGGCAGGCGGUGGCGCUGCUCCCGCGUCACAGCGCCGGGCGCGGCGGGGAGAUGCGGCUCCUGGCGCUGGCGGUGGCCGUGCUGCUGGCGCGGGCUCCGGCCCCGGAGGUCUGUGGAGCCCUCAACGUCACCGUGUCCCCGGGGCCCGUGGUCGACUACCUGGAGGGGGAAAAUGCCACUCUUCUCUGCCACGUCUCGCAGAAGAGGCGAAAGGACAGCUUGCUGGCUGUGCGCUGGUUCUUUGCGCGACCAGACUCCCAGGAAGCCCUGAUGGUUAAGAUGACCAAGCUCCGCGUGGUGCAGUACUACGGGAAUUUCAGCCGCAGUGCCUACCGGCAGAGGCUGCGCCUCCUUGAGGAGCGGCGUGGGGCGCUCUACACGCUCUCUGUCUUGACCCUCCAGCCAGCAGAUCAAGGGCAUUAUGUCUGCAAAGUCCAGGAAAUCAGCAAGCACAGGAAUAAGUGGACAGCUUGGUCCAACGGUUCCUCGGGGACAGAAAUGAGAGACACGAGGCUGAAAGGAUCGUCCUGUCUUGGUGCCUCUGGGCUGUGUUCUUCCAGACAGUUUGAUCCCGUGGCCACUUUCAACCAGAGGGCCGGGAUGUGGUGGCUCCCACAGCCCACCCCUCUUAAAUUUCAUCUGCUUCUGCUGUCUUGGGGAGGAGCUUGUCACUGCUCUCAGGCCACAGUCUCACCAGAAGGGCAGCCCACCAAGGGCUGGAGUCCCCAGAAAGUUACAGAGCCAUCAAGAGUGAUUUCCCUCAAAUCUUCUGAAGAUUCAUCCGUUGAGAAAAAGAAGGAGACCUGGGCGUUUUUUGAAGAUCUCUACGUGUAUGCUGUGCUCGUGUGCUGUGUGGGGAUUCUCAGUGUCCUGCUCUUCACCCUAACCAUCAUCUGGCAGUCUGUGUUUAGCAAGAGGAAGUCCAGAGUGAGACACUAUUUGGUGAAAUGCCCUCAGAACAGCUCGGGGGAGACUGUCACUAGCGUGACCAGCUUGGCUCCACUGCAGCCCAAGAAGGGCAAGAGGCGGAAGGAGAAAGCUGACGUUCCUCCCGCAGUUCCUGCCAAAGCUCCCAUCGCCACCACGUUCCAUAAACCGAAGCUGUUAAAGCCACAGAGGAAAGUCACCCUGGCCACUUACUGAUUCAGAGACCUCGUGGAGGAAGAGAAAACAGUCUCUGUGAUGGAGAGGUGACACCUCGAUAGCAACAGGGACUGUGAGCUGGAGGGUUGGGUUGGCAGCAUCCCCAGACCGACUCACAGAGGAUGCAGGCCCGUGGGCUCCUGCUUCAGGGUCACGCCUCCUCACUGAGGCUCCCUCAGCGGGUCCCCUCUGUUUCCUCUCUCUAGAACCAAGUCACUCGCCUGUAGCGCUCUGUAGCUAGAAAGAUCAGACUACCCUUGUUCUCUAAGGAGAAACUAUGCCUUGAGAGCAGAAGGCUGAAGACACGGGGAAAUCAGCAACAUCAGGGGCCUAAUUACAACAAGUUUCCCAGUGGGUCUCUUGCAUCCUGUCUCCCCCUCGGAUCCAUCUCCUGCACUACAGCCUAGGGAUCUUUCUCAAACACAACUCCAGUCAUGUCAUUUCCCUGCUUAAAAUACUCUGGUGGCUCCCCCUUGCCUCCAGGAUGAAGCAUGGCUUCCUGCAGCGGCAGCUGUCAUGACUGGUCUCCCACUCCCCUCCUCCACCCCACCAGCCUGUGUGGUCCAGGUCCCCUUACUGCUGGCCCCACGGGCUCUGUCCUGUACCUGCUGCCUGGCUCAUCCUCCCACAGGGCUGCCUCUCACCUCCAGGAGGGAGCUCACACACCACCUUCUUUUCUGAGGCCUCCUGCUCCCUCAGCCCCACUUCUUCACACACCUGGACUCGCGUAGACAUCAGUGCUACCCUCUGUAUGUCAGGGCCUUGCCAUCGCCGACUCCCAUGGCACCUUUUAGUUAAUCUGUUCCACCUGACCCCGCAAGGCACUGACGCCCUUGUCCCUGGGAGUAAUCUUGGGUCGCCUGCCGUCACCCCAGCUGACCGCUUUCCAUCUCGGCUGCCCCCGUCCCCAGACGCUGAGGCUGGCUUCCGCUCCUCCACCUCCUCAGUGUCACCUGCCUCUGGGUCCUCUUCUCCUUGAACACAUUGCCUGGGAGGCUCGACACUCACAGGUGCAACAGCCAGCUGUGCAGCGCGCUGGUUUCCUAGUCUCCGUCUUCAAGCCAGUUCCACAGUGGCUCUUCUGACUGCUUGUGAAACAUUCCCCAAGGGGCUCCACAUGUACCCCAACUUAGGCACAUGAAUUCAUCACCUUCCCCCGGUCCUGCCCCACCUAGGAUAUCCCUGCUGUCCAAACUCUAGGUGCCUUCUUCUCCCUCAUCCGCAUGUUCGUUGGUGACCGAAGGCUGUCUGUUACUUCUCAGGCCCCUGGCUGUCCUUUGCUCCUCCCCGGCCACAGCUGGCCCGCAUGCCCACCACCUCCCCAUCCAUCUGACUUCAGGACCGCCCCUCCCCCCGCCCCCCAGGGCUCCCUCAGCACCUGGCCUCACCUGUAUCUUGGCACUUCUCAUGCCUGACUCAACUUUCUCCCUCGCUAGAACCACAUCGUGCCUUUUUACAAAGUGACCUUUAUGUUUCUCUUACUGUGAAGGCUGUACAUGGUAGACACCUUAGACACUGAAAAUAUUUUUUAAAAGUUUUUUAAAAAUUGUGUUAAAAUACACAUAAUAUAAAAUUUAGCAUCUUAGCCAUUUUUAAGUAUACAGUUCAGUGGUGCUAAGUAUAUUCAUAUUGUUGUACAAACAAUUUCCAGAACUCUUUUCAUCUUGCAAAUGUCUGUACUCAUUAAAUAACUCUCCACUCUCCCCUCCCCCAGUCCCUGAGAGCUACCCUUCUACUUUGUCUAUAAAUUUGACCGCUCUGGGUACCUCAUAUCAAUAGAAUCAUUUGGUAUUUAUCUUUUUGUGAUUGGCUUGUCUUACUUAGCAUAACAUUGUCAAGGAUCAUUUAUGUUGCAACAUGUGUCAAAAUUUCCUUCUCAUUUUUAAAGCUGAAUAAUAUUUUGAUUUAUGUAUAUAUAU